UUGUGUCGUAGCGUACUCACGUUGCCGCAUUGACAAACCCGCUGGUUGUACUUGUGGCUGUUGGCAUCUGUUAUGGACCUGAUUAAAGACGGCUGGUUUACAGAAUUGUGCACGUUAUGGCCGGGGCAAGCGAUGAGCCUCCAAGUGGAGGAGGUCCUCUACCACAAUAAAUCAAAAUUUCAAGAUGUUAUGGUUUUUAAGAGUAAAACCUAUGGUAAUGUCUUGGUGCUGGAUGGAGUGAUUCAGUGCACCGAGAGAGAUGAGUUUGCUUAUCAAGAGAUGAUUGCCUACCUUCCACUGUGCAGCCACCCUUGCCCCAAGAAGGUUCUGAUUAUCGGCGGUGGAGAUGGCGGUGUGCUCAGAGAAGUGGUGAAAAAUCCACUGGUGGAGUCGGUGGUUCUGUGUGAGAUAGAUGAGGAUGUGAUUAAUGUAUCAAAGAAGUUCCUCCCUGGGAUGGCCAAAGGAUUCUUCAGUCCCAAGCUCACCCUCCAUGUUGGAGAUGGCUUUGAAUUCAUGAAGCAGAACCAGGACGCCUUUGACGUCAUUAUAACUGAUUCCUCAGAUCCAGUCGGGCCUGCUGAGAGUUUGUUUAAGGAGUCUUACUAUCAGCUGAUGAGGGCGGCAUUGCGGAACGGUGGAAUUCUUUGUUCCCAGGGAGAGUGUCAGUGGCUCCAUUUGGAGCUGAUAAAGGAGAUGCAGACCUUCUGCAAGACCCUGUUCCCUGUGGUCGACUAUGCCUACAGCACCAUCCCAACAUAUCCCAGUGGCCAAAUUGGAUUCAUGCUCUGCAGUAAAAACUCUGAAACAGUUUUCAAGAAUCCAGUGAAAGCUUUGGCAAAAGAAGAAAUUGAAAGUAUGAACCUUAAGUAUUACAACCCUGAAAUUCACAAAGCAUCGUUCGUCCUCCCCGAGUUUGCAAGAAAGGUUCUUCGCGAAGCAUGACCAGCAACAACAGGACCACCAUGUUCAUCCCUUGCCUGGCCCUCAGAUCACAGAUAGGCAACCUUAAUCUACAGCUUUUACAGUUCAAAUCCUCGACACGGUUCAACUCGGCUUCAAUCAUACUUCGUACUUAGGAGGCUGCUUCAACAAAGUCCCCAUUCAGACCUGGUCCUAACAUCCGUCCUGAGUGAUCCGGUCAUGUCCAGAUCCGUUCACAGAAACCAAACUCGGUGGUGGUGUGAGGACACACGUGUCCACAGUUGUGCGCUGCAUGAACGAUAUCAAUCCUUAAAGGAAUUUGAAAUAUCUUCAUAACUUUUUUUUUUGUUACGUGCCCACCAGUGACACUUGAUCCGAGCCUUGAAACUGCAACACUAAUCUCACACUUUUUAGGCCCACUCCUCCAUCUUUGUGAAAGUUAGGCUAACAGGACCAGGUGUCACUGGUGGGCACGUAACAAAGAAAAGAAUGAAGAUAGAUUCUAGUAAUACAAAGCUAAAAGCAAAUUGUUUAAGUAUUCCUCCAUGUCCUCUGACUAUUUUUAUUCUUGUUAAAACUGUCAGAUUCAUCUCUGUAACUCGCACACAGGCACACUGAGGCAUGCACCAACACAACCUGACACGUUUUAAUGCCACGUGUAAACAGUCAUGUUUGAGUCUGUCCACAUACGAUCAGAUCAGCGAGGAUGGAUGUUAACACUAGGCCUAAGAAUCAGUGGGGGGGACAACUUGCUUAUUUUUAGAGAGAUUGUUGAUUUUGGUUUCCUCUCAGCAUGCUUUUGAUGUUAAUUUAUUUUUUCACUCGUGUUUACGUUUUCACUUUUACUCUCGUCUUAUCAAUAUUUCGCAAAGAGCAAUGUAGUGGGCUGGGCUGAAUAGGAAGAACAUUGCCGUCAUACCUCACCUCACUCUGAAACAUGGAGCUGUUCAUUGUAUUCACUGUACUUAACAUAUUUUGCAGUAUGUUACAUACUAUAGAGCGUAUGUAUAUGUAAUGCAUUUUUAUUUGUAGAUGAUAUCAGCUUGUCAACGUAGGAAAAUACACUUUCCAUUGAUUAUUAUUGUAUAUUCACUUCAUCCUUGCAUUGAAUUAUUGAAGAAUCAUGGAAAAAAAAAAAAAACACUUGGUAUUUUAUAAAUUUAUGAAUGUAACAAAAAUCACAGCCUUUUGGUUUGCUUUCUCUCCCCCCCUCCCUUUUUUUCCAACUGCAAAGAUCAUUUAGUCUCUUCUUUAUUGAAAUAAACACAGUAUUGUUACGUACUUGUGUGGCAGGUGGUGUAGAUAUACAUGUAUAUGUUUGUGCAGAGUAAAUGAGCAUUAAAAAAAAUAGCUGCUGGAAUAGAAGUAAAGAAGGUAUCAUCCUA